AUGAUGAUAGGGCAGAUUGGGUACGCCAUAGUCGCCAUGAUCGCGAGGGGUCUGAUGCUUGGGCCAGACCAGCCGGUGGUUCUCCACAUGUUGGACCUCCCUAAGUCGGCGGACGCCCUGAGCGGCGUCAGGAUGGAGCUGAUCGAUGCCGCGUUGCCUCUUCUCAGAGGUGUCGUGGCAACGAGCGACGAGGCCGAAGCGUUCCGAGGCGUCAGCUUCGCCGUCCUGAUCGGCGGAUGGCCGAGGAAAGAGGGGAUGCAGAGGAAAGACCUCAUCGCCAAGAACGUCCCCAUAUACCAGUCCCAGGCUUCUGCGCUGCAGCAGCACGCUGCCCCAAACUGCAAGGUUCUUGUCGUGGCAAACCCUGCGAACAUGAACGCGCUCGUGCUGAAGGAAUUGGCGCCUUCGGUGCCCGCCAAGAACAUCACCUGCCUCACGCGUCUUGACCACAACCGCGCCCUGGGCCAGAUCUCCGAGAAGCUGGGCGUGCACGUCGACGACGUCAGGAACGCCAUAGUGUGGGGGAACCACUCCUCCACGCAAUUCCCCGACGCCAGCCACGCCACCGCCAGGACCCAGCACGGGGAGAAGACCGUCAGGGAGCUCAUCGCCGACGAGAAAUGGUUUAAGGAGGAGUUCGUCAGCGUCGUGCAGCAGCGCGGCGAGGCGGUGAUCAAGGCGCGGAAGCAGUCCAGCUCGCUGUCCGCCGCCAGCGCGGCCUGCGAUCACAUGAGAGACUGGAUCCUUGGCACCCCGAAGGGCACGUGGGUAUCUAUGGGUGUGUGCUCUGACGGGAGCUAUGGCGUUCCCAAGGGCAUCUUCUACUCAUUUCCGGUGACAUGCGAGAAGGGAGAGUGGUCUAUCUUGCAGGGUGAGUUCUUAUCAUUAUACCAGUAUUCUAGGUUUAGGAAAAGAUACAAUUUCUUAUUUGAUGAAGAUUUUCCUGCUGAAAAUAAGUGA